AGCUUUCGAAUGAGACAGGUGAACAUUGUGGGCACCAGUCCUCCCAGUCUACCUUCCAGGAAGAUACAGACACUUCAGGCCCCUCCUGAUAUGUUCCCAGCAAAUGUGACCCUCCGCACAGCCAGUCAGACCAGCUUGUGGGUGCGCUGGGGGCCUUUACCGGAGAUAGCGUACAAUGGAAACCCAGAGUCUGUGGGCUACAAGAUCCGCUACACGAGGUCUGAUGGCAAAGGAGAGUCGUUAACUCACGUGAUUCACGACCGCAUAGAGAGGGAGUACACUAUUGAGAACCUGGAAGAAUGGACCGAGUACUCUGUGCAAGUCGCAGCGUUCAACUCCAUAGGGAUCGGACCCUGGAGCCCCGCUGUGGUCGCCAGGACCAGGGAGUCAGUCCCCUCCUCUGGACCCGGCAAUGUCUCCGCUCUGGCCACGACAUCAAGCAGCAUAUUGGUGCGCUGGAGCGAGAUCGCAGAGGCCGAGAGGAAUGGCCUCAUUCUGGGGUAUAAGAUUCUUUAUAAAGAGAAGGACUCGGACAAUCCACCUUAUUUCUGGUUGGUGGAAGGAAACGCCUCUCGCAGUGCCCAGCUGACCACCCUGGGGAAGUACGUUCUGUAUGAGAUCCAGGUCUUGGCGUUCACCAGGAUAGGAGACGGUGUGGCCAGCACCCCGGCUAUUCUAGAGAGAACUCUGGAUGAUGUUCCGGGUCCCCCAGUCGGAAUCUUGUUUCCCGAGGUGAGAACGACAUCUGUCCGCCUCAUCUGGCAGCCGCCAGCGGCCCCCAAUGGCAUCAUUCUGGCCUAUCAGAUAACUCACCGGCUCAAUACAACCAACGCCAACACCGCUACUGUGGACGUUCUAAACCCGAGUGUCCGGCAGUAUACCGCCACUGGACUGAGGCCGGAGUCCGUCUACUUGUUCAGGAUCACCGCGCAGACUCGUAAAGGAUGGGGAGAGGCGGCCGAAGCGCUGGUGGUCACCACGGAGAAGCGAGAGCGUCCUCAGCCACCCAGCAAGCCUGGGGUUGUACAGGAAGACGUGAAGUCACGGACUGUCCUCCUGACGUGGGAACCCGGAAGUGAUGGCCUGUCUCCCGUCCGUUACUACACCGUCCAGACCCGAGAAUUGCCCAAGGGGCGUUGGGUUGUCCACUCCUCCUCCAUCAGUCACAAUGCCACCUCGGCUGUCGUGGAUAGGCUGAAACCUUUCACAUCCUACAAGUUCAGAGUGAAAGCCACCAAUGACAUCGGGGACAGCGAAUAUAGCGAAGAAUCGGAAUCCCUUACAACUCUGCAGGCUGCUCCCGACGACUCUCCGUUCGUUAUUUCGGUGACGCCGCACACGACAACCUCGGUGUUAAUUCGCUGGCAGCCGCCAGCAGAAGACAAGAUCAACGGAAUCCUUCUGGGGUUUCGGAUCCGCUACCGCGAACUGGUCUACGACGGGAUGAGAAGUUUCACUGUGCACAACAUCAAGAACCCGGACACCAAAUGGGCCGAGCUGACCUGUAAGAGCAGCAGCAGACUGAUGAGCUCAACUCUGUCACUCUGCUCUCUCUCUAAUCUGAACAAGCACAAGCGAUACGAGAUCAGAAUAAGCGUGUACAACGCGGUCGGCGAAGGACCGGCGAGUGUCCCCCAAGAGGUGUUUGUGGGAGAAGCAGUGCCCACAGCUGCACCGCAGAAUGUUGCCAUACAGACUGUCACAGCGGUACAGCUGGAUGUGACAUGGGACCCACCUCCUCUGGAAUCACAGAAUGGAGACAUCCAGGGAUACAAGAUCUACUUCUGGGAAGCUACGCGGAAGAAUGAGACUGAGAAGGUGAGGACGCUGUUUCUGCCGGAGAGCGGGGUGAAGCUGAAAAAUCUGACGGGGUACACCACCUAUCUGAUCAGCGUGGCGGCAUUCAACACGGCCGGAGAUGGUCCCCGCAGCCAACCCAUCCGAUGCCAGACUCAGCAAGCAGCUCCCAGUGCUCCAGCGUCCAUUAGAUUCAGUGAACUGACCACGACAUCUGUGAACGUAUCCUGGGACGCUCCUGUGUACCCCAAUGGAAUUCUGGAAGGGUACAGGCUGGUGUAUGAGCCCUGCACCCCAGUGGAUGGAAUUAGUAAGAUAGUGACAGUGGAUGUGAAGGGGAACAGCCCCCUGUGGAUGAAACUGAAGGACCUAGCUGAGGGAGUGACCUACCGCUUCCGGUUACGAGCAAAAACCUUUAUCUAUGGACCGGACUUAGAAGCCAAUGUGACCACCGGACCCGCGGAUGGAGCGCCCGGACCUCCAGGGGUGCCAUCCAUCUCCCGAUACGGCUCCUUAAUCGCCAUCCAGUGGUCAAGCGGGGAUCCAGGAAAGAGUCCAAUCACCAGAUAUGUUAUAGAGGCCAGGCCCUCAGAUGAAGGAUUGUGGGACAUUCUCAUCAAGGACAUCCCAAAAGAGGCAACGUCAUACACCUUCAACAUAGACAUCCUGAAGCAGGGCGUCAGCUACGACUUCCGCGUCAUCGCCGUCAAUGAUUACGGAUAUGGGACCCCCAGCCCACCGUCUACAUCUGUCGCAGCCACGAAAGCCAACCCCUUCUACGAGGAGUGGUGGUUCCUGGUCGUCAUUGCGCUCAUCGGCCUCAUCUUCAUCCUCCUCCUGGUGUUUGCUUUGAUCAUUCGGGGACAGAGCAAGAAGUACAAAAACAGCACGCUGGGUCACGGCGAAAUGGUGAGCCUCGACGAGAGCCGCUUCCCGGCACUAGAACUGAACAACCGCCGGCUGUCGAUGAAGAAUUCUUUUUGCAGGAAGAACGGUAUUUACACAAGAUCUCCACCCCGUCCCAGUCCUGGAAGCCUCCAUUAUUCAGAUGAGGACGUGGCCAAAUAUAACGAUCUCAUUCCUGCUGAGAGCGGAAGUCUGACUGAGAAGCCCUCGGAGGUAUCCGACUCACAGGGCAGCGACAGCGAAUACGAAGUGGACCAGAACCAGCAGAAGAGCCAUUCCUUUGUCAACCACUACAUCAGCGACCCCACCUACUACAACUCCUGGCGGCGGCAGCAGAAGGGCAUAUCCCGGGCGCACGCCUACAACUACACCGACACCGACCUGGAGGACUCUGAACAAUGUAUCAUACCCAACAGCAACAGCAGUCAGCAGGGCAGCCUGUACAGGUCCAAACCCAGUCGGACUCCAACACCUCAGCAGGCCCCGCCCCAACAAAACCCCAUAUACCGCCCGCCCAGCAGCCUGGCCCCUACAUCCCGGGCCCCCAUCGCUGGAUUUUCAUCCUUCGUUUGAUGACAAACCUUGCACCGAUGUACCGUUGUUUCUUUGAAUUUCAAGA